AUGACAAAGCCGCUGCUGGUGGACCUCUUUGGGAUUCUCAUGGAGAGCACACCGCCGGGGAUUGACUAUCUCUCCCUCAACGAGGCUCUUUUGAGCAUUGAUGGUGUGGUCGGUGUGCAUGACCUGCAUGUCUGGUCUCUCUCGUCGGACUAUGUCGCCCUAUCCGUCCACCUUGUCGCAGAUGACGCAGCGACGGCGCUGCGCAAGGCGCAGUACGUGUGCGAGAAACUCUUUGGCAUUGGUCACACAACAAUCCAAGUGGACGCGGUGAAGAAUGGGGCCGACCUGUGCCCGGCAGCGUGCGCGUCCCUCUCGAGUGUGACAGUGGUGUAG